AUGAAUUUUGGAAAUAAUUUACGCUUUUAUCUCAAUGGUACAGGUGUUGAAAUCGAUAAUCCUGAUCCAGAUACUACCUUACUUAAUUAUAUUCGGUCUAUUGGACUAACUGGAACAAAGCUAGGAUGCGGAGAGGGUGGUUGUGGCGCUUGCACCAUAAUGAUAUCUUCAUAUGAUAAAAUAUCCGACAAGAUAUCUCAUAUUUCUGCUAAUGCUUGUUUGACUCCAUUAUGUUCUGUUGAUGGUAAACAUAUCAUAACUAUCGAAGGAAUUGGAAAUGUUAAAAAUCCUCAUCCUAUUCAAGAACGUUUAGCUUUAUUGCAUGGUUCGCAAUGUGGAUUUUGCACUCCAGGAGUUGUAAUGUCACUUUAUAGUUUAUUACGUAAUAAUCCCAAUCCAUCUGAGGAAGAAGCCGAAGGAUGUUUUGAUGGUAAUCUUUGCAGAUGUACUGGUUAUCGCCCUAUAUUGGAUGCUGCAAAGACUUUUGCGAAUAACAUGUGUGUAGAGAGUAAUGGCUCCUAUGAACCUCAAGAGAAUGUAGGAUGUGGUAAAGCUGAUUGUUGUAAAUUGAACAACGUUGACACUACUUUCAACCAUAACUUUUCACAAAUAAAAUUCAAAAAAUAUGAUCCAACUCAAGAAUUAAUCUUUCCUCCAUCACUAAUGAAAUAUAUGUCGGAACCUUUACAUUUUUAUGGUAGCAAAACAAAAUGGUUCAAACCUGUUAAUUUGAAUCAACUAUUAUCCUUGAAAGCAGAAUAUCCGAACGCUACUCUAGUAUCCGGUAAUACUAGAAUUGCAUUCUUAGAAAAUCUUCAGCGAUUUGCUACUAAUCAAAUUCGCAAUGUUUCCACACUGGGUGGAAAUAUUAUCGCUAACUCUUCAACUUCUGACCUAAUUCCUCUACUUCUUUCAUCUAAAGCUAUAUUUUCACUUACUUCUUUACAAUCUACAUUACUAAAAAGUCGAUCUGUUCCAUCUGUAUCUUUUUGGACAGGAUAUAAGCAAGAUUGUAGAGAAAGUUCUGAAAUCUUAGAAAAGGUUUUUAUUCCAUGUUCGAAUUAUGGGCAAUAUAUUAGAGCUUAUAAACAGUCUAAAAGGUAUUAUGCCGAUAAUGCCAUCGUCAAUGCUGGGUUAUCAAUAUCAUUAGAUGAUAAUGCACAUGUGCAAGAUGCUAAAUUUUCUUUUGGAGGAAUGAGCGGAGUUGUCGUCAGAGCUCCAAAGUCUGAAAAUUUUAUUUUGGGUAAAAAGUGGGGUGAUGAAGAUGUGUUAAAACAGCUGAUUGAAAUAUUAUGCGAGGAAUUUCAAUUAAGUUUUUCUGUUACUGGUGGAAUGGCAACGUACCGUAAAACAUUAGUAGUUGGGUUUAUGAAUAAGUUUUGGUAUGACGUUACAAAAUCUGCAAACAUAGCAUCGAUUAGUCCUGAUAUAGAAAAUUGUAUUGGAGAAAUCAAACGUGGUGUUUCUAAAGGUAUUCAAACUAUAGGAAGGCCAGAAAAAGGUAAUAAAAUUGUUGGUAAACCAAUUUCUCACGCGUCUUCUAUGAAACAAACAACUGGUGAAGCGUUGUAUGUUGAUGACAUACCAAAGAUCAACGGAGAAUUGUAUGGAGCUUUAGUUACAUCACAGAAGGCCCAUGCUAAAAUAUUAAACAUUGAUACAAAUCAAGCAUUAAAUAUACCUGGAGUAAAAGGAUUUUUUUCAGCGAAGGAUGUACCUGGAAACAAUUCCUGGGGAGUUAUUAUACCAGAUGAAGAAGUUUUCGCAUCUAAAGAAGCAAUUGAACAAAAUAGCUUUUUCCCGAUGACUCCUCAACUUGCACGAGGAGAUGUAGAAAAGGGGUUUCAAGAUGCCGAUUAUAUAUUUGAAGGUGAAACUAGAUCAGGUGCUCAAGAACAUUUUUACAUGGAAACCAAUUCAGCAUUAGUAAUUCCAAAACAUGAAGAUGAUGAAUUCGAAGUUCAUUCAGGUACUCAAAAUCCCUCUUCAAUUCAAGAAAAAGUUGCUGGGGUACUCGGUAUCACAAACAAUAAGGUCGUAAGUCGGGUAAAAAGAGUGGGAGGAGCUUUUGGUGGAAAAGAAACAAAAGGUCCUUAUUUAGCACUGGCAUUAGCAGUUGGUGCUUGGCAUCUUAAAAAGCCUAUUAGGUGCAUGUUAGAACGUAAUGAAGAUAUUACUAUAACAGGACAAAGACAUCCUUUCUUGGGAAGAUGGAAAAUUGGUUUAAAUAAAGAUGGAAAAAUUUUAGCGUUGGACUCUAAGUUUUAUGCUAAUGCUGGAUGGUCAUUAGAUAUGUCUCCUGUUGUAGUUCGAGCUUGUAUAUUUAGCUCUGAUGGUUGUUAUUAUAUUCCGAACUUACAGUUUAUUGGAUAUCCUUGCAAGACCAAUAUUCAUUCAAACACAGCAUUUAGAGGAUUUGGAAAACCUCAAGCAAUAUUUAUUCUUGAAAGUAUGUUGAGUGAGGUUGCCGAACGUAUGGGUAUUGAUGUUAAUGAAUUGAGGGAGAAGAACUUAUACGUAGAAGGUCAAAAAACACCUUAUAACCAAACUUUGGAAAAUUGGUAUUUGCCCUCAGUCUAUCAACAAGUCAAAGAAACCAGUGAAUUUGAAAAACGAAGGAAAGAAAUUGCCGAAUUUAAUUCGAAUAAUAAAUGGCGUAAAAGAGGCUUGGCACUUAUACCAGCCAAUUUUGGUGUUACUUUUCCUGUAUUGCAUUUGAAUCAAGCUGGGGCUUUAGUACAUAUUUAUACUGAUGGGAGCGUUCUUAUAAGUCAUGGUGGCGUUGAGUUAGGACAAGGGCUUAACACAAAGAUGUUGCAGAUUGCUUCUGAAGCAUUAGAUACUGCCACAAACCUAAUCAUUAAUACAUCACCUACAGCCGGAAGUGUUGCUAGUGAUAUUAAUGGAUACGCUGUUCACAAUGCUUGUAAAAUUUUGGCUGAAAGAUUAAAACCAUAUCGAGAAAAAAUGCCAGACAAGAGUUUUGGAGAGAUUGUUAAAGAAGCAUACCUUGAUCGAGUAAACUUAUCAGCCAAUGGAUUUUACAAAACUCCUGAUGUCGGUUAUAAUUUAGAAAAAAAUGAAGGACAAAUGUACCUCUAUUAUACUACGGGAGCAGCAUGUACAGAGGUUGAGAUUGAUACAUUGACAGGUGACCAUAUAAUUUUAAGAACAGAUUUAUGCAUGGAUAUUGGUAGAAGUUUAAAUUAUGCGAUAGAUGUUGGACAAAUUGAGGGGGCUUUUGUGCAAGGUGGUGGAUGGUGUACCACUGAAGAAACAUUACACUUUCCAGAUGGACAUUUACUCACCAAAGGGCCUAAAAAUUAUAAGAUUCCUGGUGCUAGGGAUAUACCUCAAGAUUUCAGAGUAUAUACAUAUGAAGGUGCAAAAUCGUCUAAUUUAAAAACAAUUCAUAGUAGUAAAGGAGUUGGUGAGCCACCAUUACUUUUAGGAUGCACAGUAUUUUUUGCUAUAAGGGAUGCUAUUACAGCCGCAAGAAAAUGUAAUAACAACAAAACCCCAGUAGUUUUAAGGUUACCUGCAACACCCGAAAAGAUUCGAAUCGCUUGUGAUGAUGAGAUUGUGAGGAAGUGUAAGGUUGAGAAAAAAGAUGGUGAAAUUGC